CACAUGGAACUCCUGGCCGGUUCUGCCCCGCGUGCUGGCAGUUGAAGCAUUAACGGACCAGACCGAGCUGGAGGUUCGAUUCUGUCAGACUGCCGUUCGGCUCGAUAACGUAUAACGUAUAACGUAUAACUAACCGACGUCUUUCAAAGUGGGUUUUCACGACAAAACUCACGCAACUAGCGAUUAACUCUGCCACAGAGGCGUUGUUGACAUACUUGACAGGUGUAGCAUACGUGGGACACCGCCGGUAACCACACCGCUAAACCGGCAACUCGUUCACUCGACUCGAAAUAUUAACGUCAACGGUUACAGCAGAUUGACAGGAGGUGUGUCAGGUCUGAGCUUUCGAGAUGACAGAGGAACUUGAGCAGAUUCUUUCACAGCUGACACAGCCUGACAAUGCAGUUAUCCAGCAGGCCACAGCCCAGCUGAAACAGGCGUUCAAAGACCCAGCCAUUAUACCAGCCCUGUGUGCUGUGAUGAGCGGCUCCCAGAAUCCACAGAUUCGUCAGUCAGCUGCAGUGAUGCUGCGGUUGAGAGUGAAGAAACACUGGAAGAAAAUUAGCCCCAACGACAGAGAGAGCCUUAAGGCAGUGGUGCUGCAGACCUUCAUGCAGGAAGCAGAGCACACUGUGCAGCACUCGCUCUCCCAGCUGUGCGCUGUGAUGGUUAAACAUGAGACACCAGACCGCUGGCCUGCUCUGCUGCAGCUCCUCAAUCAGUCCACAAAGAGCAGCAACCCUCAUGAUAGACAGAUUGGCCUCAUGCUGCUGAAUAAGGUGAUGGAGUCAAACCCGGAGCCCUUCAAGCCUCACUACUGCCAGCUGCUACAGCUGUUUAGUACUGUACUGCAGGACCACAACAACCCAACAGCCUUGUACUACUGCAUCCUCACCCUCACAGCCAUUACUGCGUACACCGGCACAGAAGAGAUGAACCAGAUGCGUUCUAUCAUCCCAAGUCUGAUUGUGGCGCUGAAACACCUCAUCAAGGCAGAUCAGACCCAAGCCAGCGAGGCCAUGGAGGUGUUUAAUGAGCUCAUGGAGAGUGAGGUGUCCAUCGUCGUCCCUCAUAUUGCUGACAUUGUCCGCUUCUGCUUGGAGGUGGGCAGUGACACCGCACUGAGUGACUCUCUGCGGGUGAAAGCACUCUCUUGUAUUGCCUUCCUCAUCAAACUGAAGAGCAAGGCGGUGCUGAAGCAGAAGUUGCUGAACCCCAUCCUGCAGGCCAUUUUCCCUGUGCUGGUUGCAGCGCCCCCUCCUGGUGAGCAGGACCCAGAGGAUGAAGAGGAUGACAGCGGAGAUGGCUCAGACAAUGACAAUCCCAAACACUGCGCUGCUCAGAUUAUCGACACGAUGGCACUCCAUAUGCCCCCCGAGAAACUGUUUCAACAGCUGAUGCCCCUCACUCAGGCCUGCCUUACCAGUGAAAACCCCUAUCAGAGGAAGGGGGCUCUUAUGUGUCUUGCUGUGCUGGCUGAAGGUUGUGCUGACCACAUCCGCACCAAGAUGUUGUCAUCAGUGCUGCAGACAGUGUGCCAGAGUCUUUCUGACAGUAAUCAGGUGGUGCGCAGUGCCGGCCUUUUUGCCCUCGGACAGUUCUCUGAGCAUUUACAGCCUGAAGUGAGCAAGUAUUGUACAGAAAUAAUGCCUCUGCUGCUGGGAUACCUGUCAUCCUUGAACCAGGCCAAGGUCGGCCAUGUUACUAAGGCCUUUUAUGCCCUAGAGAACUUCAUGGAGAACCUAGGAGCAGAUAUUGAGCCGUACCUGCCCACCCUGAUGGAGACUAUGUUGUCUGCCCUCAACAACACUGAAAACCUCAAGAUAAAAGAGCUGGCUGUGUCUGCCAUAGGUGCUAUAGCCAAUGCUGCCAAGGAGCUGCUGGUGCCCUACUUCCCUCCAGUUAUUGAAAGUCUGAAGGCCUUCCUGACUGCCACCACGGAGGAAAUGAGGUCUCUGCAAACUCAGUCCUUAGAUACUCUCUCUGUGCUGGCGCGUACCAUCGGCAAAGAUGUCUUCAGUCCCCUUGCUGCGGAGUGUGUCCGGCUGGGCCUCAACCUCACUGACACCAUUGACGACCCUGACUUGAGACGCUGCACGUACAGUCUUUACUCUGCUGUAUCCACAGUCAGUCCAGAGUGCCUGACUCCCCACCUCACUGCCAUUACAACAGUCAUGCUGCUCGCCCUCAAGUCCAAUGAAGGCAUUACGGCUCACCUUGAGGAGGACAAGACUUUUGUCCUGCUGGACGAUGACGACGAUGAUGACAAUGAGGGAGAAAAAGAUGUGGAUGAUUUUCUGGAAGAUGACGCUGAGACGGAUAUCCAUGAUGUUGCAGGGUUCAGUGUGGAAAACGCCUACAUCGAUGAGAAGGAGGACGCCUGUGAUGCACUGGGAGAGAUUGCCUUCAGCACGGGUGUUGCCUUCCAGCCCUUCCUGGAGUCCAGCUUCCAGCAGGUUUAUGAGCUGAGAGAUUUUCCCCACGAGGACGUCCGCAGGGCAGCAUUUGGAGCCAUGGGCCAGUUUUGUCGAGCUCAGCACCAAGUGUGGAAGGAGACUCCCACUGAGGCUAACCAUCAGGGUAAAGCCUCAGGAACUCUGCACUGCUGUCACUAUUGUUUAGGAAAUACAGAAAUUGGCAGCACUGCUUUCUGCUGCAGUGAAUAUUAUGAAUGCAGCCGUGUCAGUUUUAAACUUUCGUCCACGUCACUGUCCGUUCACUCCGUGUGCUUCCUGUCGCUAUGCUUUCUGGUUCAGGCGGAGUAUGACGCUAUGCUCCAGGAGUUUGCCGGGGAGGGAAUUCCCCUGCUGGCUUCCUCUGUGCCUGCGGACCACUUCGCCCCUUUCCUCAACGACCUGCUGCCUCUCAUCAUGAGCAAAGCUAAAUCCUCGUGCACGGUGGCAGACCGGUCCUUCUCUGUGGGAACAAUUGGAGAAAUCCUGCACGCCCUUGUGAGCGUGUCCGGGGGCCGGGGCGUGGCAGGCCGACUGUCCAAUCGUCUGCUUCCCGUGCUGGUAGCUGGAGUGAGGGACAGCGAUCCUGAGGUCCGCAACAACAGCGUGUUCGGACUGGGCUGUCUGGCCCAGGCUGCUGGACCCAUCAUUGUGUCAGACUAUCCCAUGAUGCUGUCUGUGUUCUCCAACAUGCUGACCAAAGAGUCAGACCUCAGGGUGAUUGACAACCUGUGCGCUGCCCUCUGCAGGAUGAUCAUGAGCAAUGUAGACGCUGUCCCUCUGGAGCAGGUGGUUCCUGCACUGGUGGCUCGUCUUCCCCUCAAAGAAGACAUGGAGGAGAACAAGACGGUGUUCAGCUGCCUGGCUAUGCUCUACACCAACAGUCCUGCUCUGAUUGUGAAGCUGAUGAAGCCCAUAGUCGCAGCUUCCAGUCAUGUCUUUGGCAACAAGAGCGUUGACACAGAGACCCAGAACACUUUGGCCGUGCUGAUGAAAGAAUUUGCCCAGCACCACUCUGCAGACUUCCAAGCAGCGGUGACCUCACUUCCUGGAGAGCAGAAGGCCAAACUUAGCGCGGCCAUCUCUGCCUCGUAGCGCGCACACACAUUCUUCCACUCUUAGUGAAAGCCAGCCAAAACUAUGAAUUUUUAUACUGUAGGUGGACAAUGGGGCAGUUAUUUGAGACGUUUCCCCAAAGUGAUUUAAUACAGCACUUCAACCAUUCUAGUAGUUAUUAUCACAUUCAGCAGCUAUGCUUCAGAGUACUAACUUUUAAUUUAUUUGCUCACAUGCAUGCUAUGUUGAAGUUUUAUUAUUUUAAGAGUUAGGGUUUACCAUCCUGUGUUGUUACAUUGUAUUUUGUUUCCCUGUUAUUCCUGUAAAGUGCUACUAUUAAUUGCUGCUGUCCCCUCUCUGCCUGUUUGGACAGACAUCUGGCUUUCCUAUCUGAGUGUGAAACAAUGAAUUUGAUCUCCUGAUAAAUGUCAUUUUUCAUUCCCAUCUCCCAGUGUAAGUCAGUGGACUGUAAACCUCUGAUCCCUA